AUGGCUUCAUUAACAGUACAUCCAAAUCUCAUCUGUCAAUUUUGUUUUGAUCAAUUUAUCGAUCGUGCUUCCAUGAUAUCUCAUUUCCCAUCUUGUCAUAUUAUAAAUUCGACGAAAAAAACUAAUGAAACAAUUCGUUUACCACGACUUAAUAAAAAUGAUCAUGCCGUACUUCAGAUGUUAAAAUUACAUCGAUCAAAUGAUAAAUUUAUUUCUACUAAACGUAAAGAUAAAACAAAUACAUAUUUACAAAUACCAUUAUCAAUCGGAUAUAUAUCAUCUUCUUCCAAACAAUCAUCAUUCGAUGAUUCUAUUUGUAAUUCUUUUGAAAGAAAUGAUAAUCAAUCUGACCAAGAAAUCUUAUCAAAUACAUUAAAUAAUAAAUUUUCAACAUCCUAUCAUUUAUAUAAAUAUUCUCGGCGUGAACAAAAAAAUUUCUAUGCAAGUGUUAAACGAGCUCGAUUAAAAAAACAAUCUUAUUCAUCAAUAAAAAAAUCUCAAAAAAAUUCAUUAAUAUUUAAUCAAAAAAAUUUUCAUAUUAAAUUACCAACACAAAUAACAUCACGACAACGAUUAAAUACAAAUUCAAAUAAUUCUUAUCCAUUAAUAUUUGAUCCAAAUUUUAAUUCAUUAGUACAAAUAUCAACACAUAAAAAUUUUCAUAAUUAUUUUUCUGAUAUAAAUAUUUAUUUUCAUUUAUUGCAUUCAAUAGCUAGUCAAGAAUUUCAAAUAAUUGUAAAUAGUAAUGAUAAUCAACAUCAUACAUCUUAUACAGCAUUUUCAUUUAUUAAUAUUCUUCGACAAACAAUGACAGAUUAUUCAAUAAAUUUACAAAAAACUUUGAAAAGAAAUUAUUUUCAAACAUUUCAACAUAAUAAUGAACAACAAAUUUUAACACCAUUAAAAAUUCGACGAUGUGAUCAAUCAACAACAAUACCAUGUAUUCAUGUUGAAGAUAAUCAUGAACAUUUACAAACAGAUCAUAUUUUACCAAAAACAACAAGAACAGUUAUUCAGAAUGAAAAAAAUAAUCCGGUGCAAUUAGAUUUAACUCUUAGUGAUCAUCAACAGUCAACUAAUCAAUUGCAUACAGAACACCGUAAUGUUUCUGUUAUGCCAAUCGUCGAAAAACGAAAACCCAAUAGAAGUCCAAGUCCUAUUUUACUUAAAGUACCAAAAAUUGAAUCAACAACAAUGGAUGAGUCAAAUCUUCCUAUGACAAGACCACGUAUUCGAAUAAUGAAUGAAUCAAAUAAUAACAAGAAGCAACCAGUAUCUCGUAGAAAAAUCUCGAAUUCAAUGAAUAAACUUGAUGAAAAUUCUAUUAUAAAAUCAACACGAAUGAAUACACGUAAAAGUUCAGUAAAAAAUGAAGUAAUUACUGAAAUUUUUCCGCCUUUUCAAAGUAUACCGGUUAUUUUAACAGCAAAAGAAAUAUCAAAAGAAUGGUUAACACAUACUGUUUUUUAUCGUUGUCAUGCUUGUUCACAUGAAGAAUUUUUUAAUGUUUUAUCACGUGAAUGUAUGAUUUUACAUAUCUCAUCGAAACAUGGCAACAUGGAAGAAAAUUUUAAACAACGCCUAUCACAUUUUCUUAAUAAUAAAGGACGUUCAUUAAAAAUUUUUCAACAUUAUCUCAAAUGGCAACAACCAUGGUCCGAUAAAGAAAUUGAACAAAUAUUUAAAUUAUCGAACAAAUAA